AUGCGGAAUGUAUAUCAGCUUCAUUUUGACUGUGCUUUUAUAAAACUGGACCCCGUGAAAGCCACGCAUGUGCUUCGCUUUUCUUUGUUACAGGCAGAAACUACGAAUGCCAGUCUCUUACGUGUUCACCUUGAAUGCAGUUUACCUAAUGAUGCAUAUCAACAAGUUAAGAGUUGCUGUUUUAUGUCUGAUGACCCAAUGCUGCUAGAAAUGAGCUUAACGGUAAGAAUGGAAAAUGCCCAACAAGAUUUUGUGGAGCACAGACAAUACUUUCUGGAGAAUCUUUUUGUAGUUUAUGUAGCAAUGGAAAAACCGAAGACCUUGGGUGAUUCCUCAGUAGAUGUGUAUGUCAUGCAUUCUGGGAACAGCCUUGUGCAUAUACAGGAAAUACGGCAGUUGUCACAAAAAGACACAUCACCUGUGGAAUUUCAGCCAACACUGCUAUCUUCAUCAUCUACUAACUUUACAAAAGUUGCUUCUAUUUCUUGUAAAGCUACAUCCUGUGACAGUGAAAGUCCUUAUGCUGACAACAAGAAGAAUAAUUUAUUGGAAGGCACUACAACACUAAAAGCCUGUUUUUCCUGUCCUUUGACGGAAGGGUAUUUUGAUGUAGAUCCUUCUGCAGCAUUGUUUCAUAUAGAACCACAUCAUAAUACUUCAGGAUUUUGGUCCAUAUGGUUUACAAACAAUUUUGACUUCAGCAUUGAACUGAAUGAAGUCUUCAUAGCCAGAGAAACUAAUGUUUUGAAGAUUCUGGACUUUGCCAAACCUUUGACUCUACCUCCAGGCUGCUGGAAUGUAUUUUCUUUGAAGCUCAGUGUGAAAGACACUGUAACAAAUGUGCUUUCUAGUAUUUGUUUGGCCACGAAUGUGGGAGUAAUGUUUGAAAUACCUCUGCAGAUAUAUUCGACUGUGUCCAAGCAGGGAGAUCUUCGUUUUGAAGCAAGUGCCCACUGUGAUGUUCAGUGUUACUUGGGAAAAUCUGAUUCAGCAAAUCUGCUUUGGCAGAAGAGUCUCUCUCUGGACCGUUCUGCCUGGGACGUGGAUUCUGAGCUUGCAAAUGAACUUUAUGAAAGAUGGCAACAAAUAAUACGUGGGGAAGCCUGCAGCAGGAGAAGUAUUUUAGGAUCAGCUCGCUUUAUUCACCAGAAGAAGCCUGAAGAGGAGUCCUUUGCCUUUUUCUUGCCACGGUUGACUACAGAGCCUGGCCUAACGCUCAACUUCAGUGCCACAGCAGUUAAAAGUAGUAUGGUAAAAUAUUUCAUACUAAGAAACCCUUCGUCCUUCCCAGUUAUGUUGCAGCUUCUGCCUCUUUCUUACUACCCUGAUCCUCAAGCUUCACUGAGUCUGCUCAACAAAUGGUUUGGCAUAAAUGUGCAAGCUAUUAAUUUCACAACCACUGAAUUCAGGCUCAUGGAUGAAUGUUCUCACAGGUAUGCACAUCAAGAGGAUCUCAUCAAGAAAUGCAGUUCUGAGCUGCUUUGGUUAAGUUUACAGCCAAUGGAAAGCAGAAAAGUUGGUGUAAUUUUUACACCAAUUGACUACAAAAGAGUAGCUUCCCUUAUUUUAAUCAGAAACAACUUGACUGUUCUGGACGUGAUCAAUGUAGAAGGCUUUGGAGCCAAAGAAUUGCUUAAAGUAGGGGGAAGACUACCUGGUGCAGGAGGAUCUCUUCGAUUCAAGGUGCCAGAAGCUACACUAAUGGACUGCAGACGACAACUGAAAGACAGCAAGCAAAUUCUAUCCAUUACGAAGAACUUCAAAGUAGAGAAUAUUGGGCCUCUUCCUAUAACAAUUUCAUCAAUGAAAAUCAAUGGUUACAGUUGCCAAGGAUAUGGAUUUGAAGUGUUAGACUGUCAGGAAUUUUUCCUGGCUCAGAACUCAUCACGGGAGAUCAGCAUUGUAUUCACUCCUGACUUUACAUCUUCGUGGGUAAUCCGGGAAUUUACACUGGUGACUGCUGCUGAUUUGGAGUUCCACUUCACACUCAACGUGACCCUUCCUCACCAUCUGUUACCGCUGUGUGCAGAUGUGGUGCCAGGACCCAGCUGGGAAGAGUCUUUCUGGAGGCUCACUGUCCUCUUUGUAAGUUUGUCCCUGCUCGGAGUGAUUCUGAUAGCCUUCCAGCAAGCCCAGUAUAUUCUAGCAGAGUUCAUGAAAUCAAGACAGAGGCCAAAUCAUACUUCUUCACCGCAGCAGAACAGUAACUCUGUUGACGUAAUCAGCUCUGAUUCCUACAAGGGAAGCUGCAAGACAUUUAUGGAUUCCUAUAGUUCCUCAGAUAAAGGUAAAGGGAAGGGGUUCCUGUCUGUAGGCACUUCUUCCAGCCGAAGUCAGAAUGCAGCAAAGAGAAGUCCUGCGACCUACAGCCACUCUCAGAAGAAACACAAAUGUUCAGUUUACUACAGUAAGCAGAAAGCAAGCACAGCAGCUGGAAGUGCCAUUGCAACUACUGAUGAGAAACAAAACCAGAUUGCAGAGAACCAAAUCUCAGCGCCAAAAGAGGACAUUUGCACUGAUGUUGUCAGUGAGAACUGGGUAACUCUAAAAUAUGCAAAUGGCAUAAAUGUUAACAAGAAUUUAACUCUUCCAGAAAACUUUCUGGGUAAAGAAGAAAGUGCACUGAAAAAUACAGUUCUCAUUAAAAAUACUUCUUCAGAGUGUGAUCUGAAGGAAGAUCUUCAAACAUGUAUGUUUCCUAAGGAAACUAACCUUAAAACUUCAGAAAAUCUAGUUGAGCUCAAAGAACAGGAGUUCUGUCCUGUGAAGAUGUCCAGGAAGCUACCUGAAAGUCACUUGUCCAGAAAUUCACCUCAGCAACAGCCAGAACUGCAAGAAAUUUCUAGGAAAACCAGUGGGAAUAGCCAGCAAGUGCCUCUCAGGAAUGAAACAGAAAACUGUGAGACUUUAAAAAAGCAGAUCAACCUAAAGCCUUCCGUGGAGAAAAAGAUUAAUAAAGGACCUAAGGAAGAGACUCUGUGCUGCGCAAAAGAGGAGAUUACUUCUUCCGAGCAAGGAGAUGGAUAUAGGAAGAAGAAACCUCAGGAGAAGAAGGAAGGAAAUGUACCAAAUAUGAAUUGGAAUAGAAAUAGAACAUCUAGAAAAAAUAAGAAGAAGAACGUUAAUAUAUCUACAAGGGUCCCUGAGCAGAGUGAAUUGAAGCAUAUGUGCGGUGAAUUUGAAAGGCCGGAUCUGAGAGCGAAUAUUGGAAUAAGAGCCUGGUGUCCUCAGGGCAGCGGGGAAAAUUGUAAAGCAGACCAAAAAGCUGGGAGCUUAUCUCUCUCCCAGGGAGAAACAGAAAGCUUUUAUCAACGGUCCAAAAAGAAGUGUUUGGAGAAGUUUUGUUCUGAUUCAAGCUCAGAUUGUGGAAGUUCAUCGGGAAGUGUUCGUGCGAGUCGUGGGAGCUGGGGUAGCUGGAGCAGUACCAGCAGUUCAGACGGAGAUAAAAAGCCCAUGAUUACUGCCAGGCAUUUUCUUCCAUCCAGAGAGAAUAUUUCACAAAAUGAUUUUCCAUCUGAAACUCCUAUCACUUUAAAUCUGUCUCAUAACAUCUGCAAUACCAGCAGAGACAUGAACAGCAUCCCCCAAUAUCCUGAAACCUUAUGUCCCAAUUUCACUGACAUAGCUGCAGAUCCUGACAAAAAUAAAGGUCUUUACCCAACGGGAGACUUGUGGCCUGCGCAGCCAGUCUGCCUGACAAACAGUUUAAACUACAACCUUGAGAAUAACAUACCGUGCAUGAUCCAAGAAACCCCCUCUGUCCACAACAG